AGGGACUCAGGACGCAGGCGCACUGUGCUCCCCGCGGCUGGGGUUGCACGCAUUUUGUCCCUGUCAAGCCGCCCCUUGCACGCCCGUUCCCCGGCGGCCCUUGCGUGCCUGGCUCCCCGCACCCCGGGGCAGCGCCUUCGAAGCCGCAGCCACCCUCAAAGGCACAGUCCCCAGAACCCCAAGGUGUGUGGACCCCCCAGAAGUAAGCAGAGUAGCUGUCCAAGACCCUGGAUCCUAGGACUACGUGAGGAUUGAGUCCCCACUGAGGGCACCUUUGCCCAGGUGGCUCCAAUGUUGGAGGAGGGGGGUAAGAAGGAAUUUGGGGGUCAGUCCCAGCAGUUUCCCUCUUCUGCUUGAGCUGGCCUCCAGGAUUUCAGAGGCCUGUGACUACAGAGACAAGGAGAAGAGGAAUGGGUUCCUGGGAAAAGGUAGCUCCCCUCACUCUGGGAGGCCUGAUUCUAGGCCCUGACCCUCUCUUUCUACUCUCACCUCUCCAAAUUCCAACUAAGGGCAUAAAAAGAUCCCUCCCUUCUGUGGCAGGGCCUCUGUUUCCCUGUCAGUGGUCCUCCUGAGGCUGUAGAGAUGUGAGUCAUCAUCUCUGUUUCCUAUUUGUCUCCUGGGUGGGAAUAGGGAGGAUUCUCCCUUCUCUGGGGCUAGUAGCAGAUCCCUCCCACCUCUUCUCCAGCACAGGAGCCUGGGACUCAAAGAAAGAGAGCUUUUAUUUGGGGUGAGAAAGCUUGGGAUUAAAUCCUGGGCCUAUUCCUGCCCCAUCAUUGUGUGUAAAUUUAAUCUAGGUGUGGGAUUCGAAUCUCAGCAGGCUUAGAAUAUGGGUAUAAAUUUAUUACUGCUCAGAGCCUUGAUUGAAAUAAGGGAGAAGAAACUCAAAGCAUAAAAGUGAUACAAAAUUAACAACCACAGUGGCCACAAUAGAGACAUUAACAAACAAACAAGUACAAUAGACAUCAUCACCAUUAAGCAUAAAAGUAGUACAGAAUUAACAACCACAGUGACUACAAUAAAGACACUAACAAACAAGUACAAUAGACAUCACCAUUAAGGAUAAAAGUAGCACAAAAUUAACCACAGUGGCCACAAUAAAGACACUAACAAACAACAGACAUCAUCACUGUUAUGAAGAAGCACCAACAUCUGAUUCCGGGGAGUCUCAAAGGAGAGGUGUUGAGAUGUCCCUGGACAAGUUGUCCAAGGCUUUCUGGCUGAGUUCUCAAAGUCCCUUUCCACUAAGGGGUUUUUACAGGCGGAAGACAAAGAAGGUUCUGCGCUGUGUCCUCCUUUGGUACAUGACCCUUGAAACGGAGCGACCUUCCAGGGACUGCUCCCUCACAAGAGGCCCACCAAGGAAAAUAUGCUUUGACUCCUUUAGGAGGAUUGGGUUUACUCAAGACACUGGCCAGGUUUCCAGGGUAAACCCAGGCUGGUCAUAAAGGCUGCUCAUUGUCGACGGCACUCCAAGGGUGGCCAGCCCUUCUUUGUUGCUUCCCUGGCAUUUUGUCAGAUGGCUCUCUGCCCACUGAGGGUUCAGCCCCAGCCCAGGAGGAGGAGGAGGAGGAGGAAGAGGAGGAAGAGCAGGAUGGAGCAGCCCCUUCCCAGCAGGCUCGUGCUUGGUUUUCAGGAGCCCGUGACCUUCAGAGAUGUGGCCGUGGACUUCACCCUUGAGGAGUGGGGGCGGCUGGGCCCUGCUCAGAAACAGCUGUACCGGGAUGUGAUGCUGGAGACCUACCGGAACCUGGUCUCCCUGGGCUGGGAGACUAGGAACAAGACCCAGGAGAAAGGUUCAAAGGGGAAUGUCCCUGCAGAAGAAGCAACCAGAGAGAGGACGGUGGAAAGCCUCGGAGCGUGUGCUCACCACUCUGUUUUGAGGAUUGAUGAGGAAUGUGGGAGCCAGAUGGUGAGACCUCAGGAGGGGGAGAGACACGUGAGGCAAACAAUCAGACAUCCUACGGUCCCCACGGGAAGGAAACAUAAAUGUAGUGACUGUGAGAAGGCCUUUAAUAACCGCUCAGCUCUCACUGUACAUCAGAGAAUCCAUACUGGAGAGAAGCCUUAUCAAUGUAGUGACUGUGAGAAGGCCUUUAAUAACCGCUCAGCUCUCACUGUCCACCGGAGGAUCCACACAGGAGAGAAACCUUAUAAAUGUGGCGUGUGUGGGAAAACCUUCAGUAACAGCUCCUACCUCACUGUCCAUCAGAGGAUUCAUACAAGAGAGAAGCCUUAUAAAUGUACUGAAUGUGGGAAGGCCUUUAGCAACAGCUCCUACCUCAUUGUACAUCACAGGAUCCACACGGGGGAGAAACCCCACAAAUGUAGCGAAUGUGGGAAAACCUUCAACCACCAUUCAGAACUCGUCGUGCACCAGAGAACUUACACUGCAGAGAAGCCUUACCAGUGCACCGAGUGCGGGAAAGCCUUUAGCAGUAGCUCCUACCUUAUUGUCCACCAGAGGAUCCACACGGGAGAGAAACCUUACACGUGUGAGCGGUGUGGGAAAGCCUUCUGCAAAUCCUCCGUCCUGGUGCAGCACCAGAGGAUUCACACGGGGGAGAAGCCUUUCCAGUGUGACCAGUGUGGGAAAGCCUUUAGGCAGUGGUCAAGCCUCAUCAAACAUCACAAGAUUCACAGCGGAGAGAAGCUUUUUAAAUGUCUGGAGUGUGGCAAAGCCUUUAGUCAUCGGUCAGAGCUUGUUGAACACCAGAGGAUUCAUACUGGAGAAAAGCCCUACGAAUGCAGUGUGUGCAGGAAAGCCUUCCGGCACCACUCGAACUUCAGUAAACAUCAGAAGAUUCAUACUGGGGAGAAGCCUUACAGCUGUGAAGAGUGUGGGAAAACCUUCACACGGAGCACCAACCUAACCCGACAUCAAAAGAUUCACUCCAGAGAGAAAAGCUAGCCAUGUCUAGUGUCUGACACUUCAUCAGGCAAUCUUCAGAAUCUUCCUAAUCCAGCUUUAUCUCUGCGGCAAAUGCGUUUUCUGAAAAAGCAUCUUCAAUCAACAAGCGUUGAUGACAAGCCUACCAUGUGCCGGACAGUCCGCAAGCUGCCAGGGGCCAGGCUCUUGUUCAUUUAAUGGUGGUAUUUAAACUAUUCACACUUAUGAGUAAUAACUUUGAUCUGUCUUCUGACAAUUUCUUAUUGUUCAUGUUGCUCAGAGGGAGUAAAAUCCACUUCACUUUUUAAACGCACUUAAUAAAAUAAGUUAUAUAUAUUUUGGGGUAAUUCAUUUAAAUCUCUGAUAGUACUCCUGCCCCUGCCCUUUUAAUGCGUUUUGCUGAUAUGAUUGUAAGGAGAGGGAAAGAAUCAGUUUAUGGUGAGAAAAAAGAAUUGGGUUUGUUCCGCCUGGUCACCUAAGGCUGGGUUGUUCUUGAAGACCAAAAUGGCACAGUGUGUUGGAGUCCAGACAUAGUAUCUGACUGGCUCUUUGGAUUAAUAAGAGCUCCCAGUGCUCUGCCAUAGUCGGGAACAAAUAGUCCAGACGAACCUUUGGAGUGGAGCUCUUUCCACAUUUACAGAGCUCCUGCAAUUCUGCUUUGCUCAAAGCACAGCUCCUUUGAUGUGGGCACUCCAUGCUGGCCUGUCCUUUGCCACUGUCUCCCAUGUCACCCAAUCAGCCCCAAAGUUCUUAGGAGAGAUUUUGAGCGUAUUCUGCUACUGUUUCUUCUGACCUCUGUGUGAGUUCUCUGUUAAAGGCUUUUAGGCUAACGUAUGUUGGGAGCAAGUGACCAACCUCAGAGCUGUCCUCUCUGCUGUAGAGUGUCCACGCUUGGCAGUUCAGCUUCAGGAAGCACCUCAGUGUCUGGCAUUUUACCAGGCGAGCUUCAGAAUCUUCCUAAGACAAUUCAAAUGGCAGGGACUCGGUUUCCUGGACCAAUGCUGAUGGACUGUCCAGGUUUCACAGGUGUACAACAAUGAGGUCAGCACAAGGGCUCUGUAGACCUUAAGUUUGGUAGGCAGCCCAAUACCUCUUCUUGCUCACACUUUCCUUCGGGGCUUCCCAAACACUGAGCUAGCUCUGGCCAUAUGUAGACACUCUUGGAGGUAGGUGAACUUAUCCACAACAUUCAAAACGUCUCCAUUUGCUGUAAUUAAUAGGUCCAUAUGUGGAUGGCAUGGUGCUUGCUAGUGGAGAACUUACAUUUUAUUUGUGUUCAGGCCAAAAUUAGCACAAGUGGAAGAGAAUUGAUCCAUCUUUUGUUGCAUCUUAGCUUCAGAAUCUACACUGCGUGCAAUCGGGCGCAGUCCAAAAGUUGUGCACCAAAUCUCCUUCCACCUUAGUCUUGGUUUGGAGCUUUUUCAAGUUAAAUAAUUUACUGGCAGUGAGGGAGCUGACCUGGGUGCCAUUUUCACCUUUGCUGAAGGCAUCACUGAAAACUUUUUAGCAUGGAAACAUUAUGCUAAAAAGCAUAGAAGCAAGCACACAGACCUGCUUCACUUCACUGGCCACUAGGCAAGUGCGAGAACAUCAUACCGAACCCAGGCAAGCUUGUCACCACAAAACUGGCAUAUAAUACUGAUGAUCAAUACUGAUGAUGAGCUUCUCUGGGCAACCAGAUUCUGACACAGUUUUUCAUAAGCCCUUAAGACCGACAGUAUCUUGGUGAUUGUGUAUAGACCUCUGUUCUGCUCCUGGCAUUUCUCCUGAAGUUGCUGGAUCACAAAUCAUAUUGACCAUCUCUUGGUCCUUUCUGAAACCACAGUGAUUCUCAGGUAGAUUUCCUUCCAGGUAAAAGGUCAGUCUAUCAAAGAGGAGUCUGGCAAAAAUUUUGCCAUCAAUGACAGUCACAGGACAGCCUAUUUCCUUUAUCUUUAUAGGGAUGGACAAUGGAGGCAUUCCUGAACUCCUGGGGGACAAUCAUAUAACCUGGAAGAUUUCAGUCACCUUUUUGUUGAGCAAUGGACCCCUUGCCUUGUAAAUCUCAACUGGACUAGAAUCAGCUUUAUGUGCCUUGCCAAAUGAGAGGACCUAAUGGCAUUCAAAACCUCUUCAGUUGAAAUUUUUGCUAGAGAGGUCUUGACUUGAACCCAAGAUAAUUAGUCAGUGGCUUCAGAGAAUUUUAUGGAGGUGUUCAGCCUUUCUCUUCAGCAUUAUUCCUCAUUACUAAUCAGUGUGGCUCCCUCAGCACUGAGUAGGUGAGAUACGGCCUAUGAGCCCGGAAUCCUGCAUUUCUAAGCUCACUUGCACUUUACUUUUGAUGGAAUUAAACCCUGCCUUAGAGAUGUUUUAACUAUCUUGCUGGUAAACCCUGGGGAGUUCUCAUUUUUAAUUUGUCAGUUUCUGAAUUUUUUCAUUGUUUUUGUCAAACGUGUCUUGAUGUUUUUAAGUGUUCUAGCCCAGAUGAGUAAAUGUGAUGCUGUACACAACAACCUCUGACCGCUCCUUUUCUGUUCCACUCUUGCCAACCAUGUGUUAGCUUAGCUUUCACUCCAAAUUAAAAAUAAACUGUUCUUGUUUGGAAAAGUACUGUGAACUUUUGACAUUAACCUUUUGGGAGUUGUCUUGUUCUGGGGUUACUACAUGUUUAGCUUGGAGAGCAUGUCUGUGAUCAAAAGUCCAGCACUCUGCGCCUCACAUUGCCUUUGUCACUCUCGCAUCCUGUCUGCCUCUUCUCCUAACAAUCACAGAGACUAUUAAAUGCCAGUAUUUGCUAUGAGGCUGUAUCCGUGAAGUUUUAUUCCAUUUAGGCAAAUGGAAGACAGUAUUGAUGAUGAAGUCAUGCACAAGUCAUCAGUAGUGUCACAGCUAUUGCUGUGUGGUUCUGACUUCACCCCUCCAGGUCUUGUCAGGUUUUGAAGAUUGUACCUUAUUUUGCAUUAAAGUCACCCAGAAUUGUAAGCUUAUCUUCUUCUAGCUUUAAGGGUAAGGAUUUCCUUACAAAAAUUUUCCUGCAAAAGUUUUUUUUACAUUUUUUGGGUAUUUUAACCAUAGGAUUGUAUACCUACCUAUUGAGAAAAGCAGACCAGGGUUAAGUGACACAAUUAGCCCCUUUAUCAUACCAGAAAAUGAGCAGGAAAGUCCUUAAAAAAAAAAAAAGACUGCUCAGACACCCAGAGGGCUGCUGAAUGCCACUGUUGCUUCAGUCCAAUGAGAAGACAAUGGCCCGGGCCUGGACCACCCAUAUUCAACUCCCAUUGUAUUUGUACCUGCUGUUUCAUUACUUGCUCAUUGGCAUAGGACUUUGAGGCGGGUAAAAAUGAUAAAGUGGUAUGAGUGAUGUCUUCUGAUUUGCACAGAAAUUGAGUUUUAAAAAUUAUUUUAUUUUUAAUUUAUGGAAUACAACAAAGUUCACAUGCUUUGGGUAGACAACCCCUUGACUCACUAUCUGCAAAAUGGUUUAGUGGGAGUAUGACUGCUCUGCCUUCUAUAGCUUUUUGAAGGCACAGAUGAGAUUUGGGUGAAUCAGGUGGGCACCAAAGUUGGAAAGUCCUUACUGCUUGCCAGUAAGGUACUAGUCACACUAGAAAUACUAUUCUUCUCUGAACAUCAUUCUAUACACCCAACCAGAGUAAAACUGGAAGCAAUGAAUGCAUGGAAGCUGCAAAGAGCAAGCUUUAACUUCCAACACUAAAAGCUAGCCAUCCAGAAAUAAAAUGAGUGUUGUCUGGGUGGGUAGUGGGCCCCCUGAUACCAAAGGUACCUAUGCAAAGACUGGAUGACUGGCUGUUAAGUAUGUUAAGAUGGGCUGGAUUAGAUGGAACUUUGUAUGUUGAGAGGCAAGAUGGCUAGGUAACCCAGAUUGAAGCUGGAGAGAAGAAAUUUGAGUGAAAUUGGAAGAAAUUUUUUUUAUCAGGACAAAAAUACUUCUGGCUUCUGUAAAUGGAUUGAAAGAGAAGGAACGGGAUCAAGUCAGUAAAAAAAAAAUUUAUGAAGCACCUGCUGUAUGCCAGGCAAAUACAAAGGAUAUAAAGUACAAAAAAAAAAAAAAAA